UUUUCAGACCAUAAGCUCUCUGUUUGGGAAUGGUAUACUAUCGAACAUAUUAGCUAACAUAUCGCAGUGGCUAUCGCAAUUAUUCUACACACAUCUGCGAUCUAACUAUUGAUCGAUUCGAUUCUCUCUCCACAUCGCUUGUAUAGUGCUGGAGUUAUUUUGGUGAUACGAUGCAAAAAGAUCCGUCACCGCCAACGAAUUACGUUGCUCAGACCUCUUCUAUGUCUUCAUCCCUUUUGACCGCUACACCAUCAACCACGUCGGCCCCAAGCAGUAGUAAACAACCGUCCUUUGACGAUGCGUGCUUCAAGACGCCGUUGCCAUUCAGUAGAAAACCACGAGGUCGUGGUCGCGGCGCAGCGUCUGCAGCAGCUGGAGGUGGUACUCGACCGAACGGUUAUCAUUCAACAGGAAGUACUCGUGGGCGAGGUGGUGGACGAAUGAGUUCCGGUGCAAAAGCUGCCGCUCCUCCGCCGGCCCCACCUCAACCGAAAUUCGAACUGCAUGACGUAGCAUGUCCGAAUACGUCUGCAUACUUGGGCGCAUUGAAUUUGCCGAAAUUUGCAUCUGUGCAACCGAAAAGCGAAUUAAAAGAAGAAAAUGCCGAUUGCGAUGACGAAAAACCGUCAACGUCAACUCGAUUAAUCAAAGAAGAAGCAGUGGAUGAGAGGAGUAACUCCGGGUCGGGUUCAAGUGUGAUAUUGAUUGAGAAUGGAGAAUGCGAGACUGGUAAAGAAAAAACGGGUGAACAAUCUAAGGAGAAUGGAGCAAUCAAUUCAUCGGAAAGUUCGGCAGAGACGGAAGAUUCGUCUACGUCAUCUCUAGAUAAAAAGAAGUUGAUAGAACAUGAUUCUGAACAACAUACAAUUCAGUCGAAAGAUUCUACUACGGAUAAGCUACCUUUUGUGGAGGAAGUGAUAUUCGACGAAUAUUCGUUGCUGCUAUUCACAUGUGUAUCUGAUGCGCAGGUUUUUGAAAAAGAGUUGGAAGCGGUUCGUGCUCGAGAAGAAUUGGAAAAGAAGCGAAUUGCUGCCGAGAAAGCUCUACGGAUUGAGAAGUUGAAACGAAAGAUACGAGCUAAAAAGCGUUCAAUCGAGAAGGCGGCUCGACUACAACGCAAACGUCUUCGUGGGCAAAAGCGAGAGAAACUACGUCGAGAACGGAAAGCACGCCAUACAUUGUUAAAGAAGACCAUUCGAGACGCGAAAGCAAUUCAAAAAGCAGCUGCAGCUGCUGGAAGUGUUGUUGUGGUCGAUAAGCAGCUGAAAAAGCAGUGGAAAGCUGAACAGGAAGCUGACGCACGGCGACGUGAAGAGAAAGCGAGAAAACGCGUCGAACACGAGGCUCGCAAAGAGGCACGUCGUGUGAAACGAGAGAAAAAGCGAGGACGUAAACGACGUGAUCCGAACAAGGCCGCGAAAAAGGGCAAGGACAGUGCCGGGGCCAACGCAGCAGCAACUGUAACAUCAGCCGCUGGUGGUGCAUCGUCGGCUAUCGUGGGCACGAAACUAGCAAAGGCCUCACGCGGCCGCAAGAUGAAAAGCCCUGGCGCAUUGGCGGACGGUGGCGCUGCGCCAUUGAAACGAGCCGCCAGCCAAACACCAUCGCCAGCACCGUUGAAAACGUCAAGAAUCGAGCCGGAUCCGACUGUAUUUCGGAAUGGCAUUAUUGGCAUUGCCAAAUCCGACUCGUCGGCUACCUGUACCCCGGGACUAUCCAUGGGUGUCGUUACUCCACCUGGAGCUGCUCAUCAGACUCCAAGAACGCCAUUAUCGGCGGAUUCAAAACCGCAUACAACAUCGGCUGAAUCCACGCAUCCAUCGGAUCCUGGACAUCGAGCCUCAUCCGUAACUCCAUCCGGUAGUGUUGGCGGCAACAAUCCAGCUUCAUCAUUGUUCGUCAACACAUCGUCCACAUCACUUCUGACUCAAGCCGGUCUACUUUCACAUCAGCUGGCUACGGGCCAACAACUUGGAGUCGAUACACUUCGAUUAUUGCACAAUCCACAAUUGGCAGCCAGCUUGUCGGCAGCCGCAGCUGCUGGCAAUCCAUUCCUGUCCACAAACACUGGAGCGACAAUUCCAUUGUUGCAUAUGCUACAACAGCAACAACAACAGCAGCAGCAACAGCAGCAACAGCAACAGCAACAGCACCAGCAGCAAGCUCUUCAACUGCAGCAAGCUGCAUUGGCUGCUGCAGCUGCCAGUGGAAAUCCCGUUCUUCCUCCAUCUGCCCUGGCUCCAAGUGCUGCCUCUCUUCCCUUCCCAGCAAAUGCUGCCCUUGGACCUCAACUUGCCGGCGCAGCACUCCUGGGACGACCAAUUGUCCCGCAACCUCCGCCGUCGUUGGCACCUAGGAAACCUGGUCGAUGGUGUGGAAUGCAUGUGAAAAUUGCACACGACAUUGCCGCAUAUCGACAAUCGCAGCAAAAAGAUAAGCAAAUUGCUGUUGCCGCUGCUGCAGCCGAACAACGGGCUCGUGUUGCUGCUGCUGCACCACCUGCUGUCGCCAGUACCUCGCAGGCAACAUCGUCUGUUGCGGCCGAUGCGUCGUCUGCUGCUGCUGCACAAAUUGCUAUGCAACAUGCUGCGAUGGCAGCACGAGGCGCUGCACCGCAACCACCACAUUGCCUACCGUCCACGUCCUCGGCGGCACCAACUGGGUUCUUGGCUGGUUUGCCUCCACAAGCUUUGCAAUCGUUGGCUCUGCAAUCCAGUAAUCAGCAGAUGUUAUCGGCAUUGCAAGAAGCUCGAAGAGUUGCAGCUGCUACGCCAAAACCGCCACAGCCACAAAUGACCCCACAACGGCCACCAUCUGCUAUGCCUCGCACACCCCAGCAACCUGCCGGACUCACCCUACCACCCGGCUUGGCCUCCCUUGGUCCUGCCGGUCUCUCCUUAGCUGCACCAGCACCCGCAGCCGGAUCUCUCACAAAUGGCACCAGUGACGCGGCCGCAGCGCAACAAGCAAUGUUGCAAGCACUCAUGCAGAUGCAACAACAACACCAACAGCAACUGUUGCAACAGCAGCAAUUGCAGCAGCAACAGCAGCAGCAACAACAACAAGCUGCCGCAGUUGCAGCAGCCGCUGCGCAAGCGCAACGCGAACGGGAGCAGAGGGAAUUGCAAGCACAACAACAGCAACAAUUACAACAGCAGCAGGCGCAAAUGGCCAGGAGUCAAUCUGGUUCUACCCUUCCGCCUGGACUCUCAGGCGCAGCGGGCCAUUUGAUGUUGAAUCAAGCUCAACUGCUGCAGCUGCAGAUGCUUCAACAACUCGAUCCUGCACGUGCAGCAUUAGCCGCAGCAGCUGCAGUCCAACCUCAUUCUGGCCAAGGAACGCCCGGUCAACCAUCUCAACUUGAUCUCGGUUUCUAUCGUGCACACAUGGAACAACAGCAACAGCAGCAACAACAGCAGCAAAAUUUGCUGAUCGCCCAGGCACAAGCGCAAGCUCAGCAGCAAGUUGCUCAGGCUCAAGCAGCACAGCAACAGUCCAACGUUAUGGAUCCCCGAGAAGCUCUGCUCCGGUUGUACAGCCAGUCCUCGGCCGCCGCAGCUGCGAACCGAGGUGGCAUCGAGGCGCUGUUAAGUGCGCAGCAAGCCGCUGCAGCAGCUGCUGCACAGCAACAACAGCAGCAGCAACAACAACAACGGUUACCGCCUGGAUUUGGCACCGGAGGGCUUCCGCCUGGGCUAGCAAGCCUCGCCGCAGCACAGCAUGCUUCCCUUGGAGCAGCACCGACCUCCCAGUCGUCACUGUUCAACCCAGCCUUGCUGGGGCUACAAGGACUUGGAGCUGGUACGCCCUAUGGCAAACCCUUCCCAGCUGGCUUGCAACAAUUGAGUCAAAUGAAACGUGAUGGAACCGAUGUGAUCCCGAAUGGUCGGUAGUUUGGAGUUGUAUAUUGUUGAUGGUUGAUUAUGCAGCGAUUUUUUGACUAGUCCACGUGGCAAGUUAGUUGAGUUGUAGGCGGGUUAACUAGUAACUAGUAAGAAUUGCCACACAUUUUGAUGCAGUAAUGCUAGUCCAAAGCCAUGCAAUGCAUCACAAUCACAGUUCUUCUCUACUUAUCCUCUCAGACGCGCUAACUAAUCAACCAUCGAAAAUUCUACCCCUUCACAAUACUCAUUCAUGCGAAAUGCAAACCCACAAACAGUCAAGUUCAAUCCUAUUGAUCCGAUGUCCUCGAUGUCCUCCUCCUAUGCCCUGCGGGUUGUCACGGGUUCUUUGCAAUCUUCCUCCGUUCAUCCUCGCCGUUCAUCCUGUCCUUUCUCCGCCGCUCGUCCUCUCAUGAAGUUCAUCUCCAGAUGCGCUAAUUCAUGUUAUGUAUGUGCUUGUUUUGAUCAUCUCCAUAUUUUCACACACUGUCAAAAUUGUUCGAAUGGGUCUAUUGUAGGGGUCCGCACAUCUGUUAUUAUGAUUGUUUUAUACAUUGUCGUCCUUCGGUAUGUCGACAUGUCCAUAAAUUCUUUCCUCACAUUGAGCUCCUCCGCUUUGUGUCAUUUUUUAAGUCCUCCAACCACUAAACUUCAUCAGAUAGAGUUCUGCUCCCUUCUUUCCUUCUCGUUCUCUAUUCUUUUCUCAAAUAGCAACCAAAUGUGGUUUGUACAGUAGUCAGUCAGUCAUCAUCAUGCGUUGUUCUUUCAUCGCUGCAAAAAGCGCUGAAUUAUAUCUCAGAGAGUCGUUCUAUAAUGUAUUUUGUUGUAUACUUUCAUGGUCCCGGUUCUGUGCUUUUUGCGCUGUCUUUUCUUCCCCUCGGCCCCGUAUCCCUCCUCCUCCUGCUACAGAAUUGGCAUCUAUCUCGUAAUUGCUAAUCUCAUUUGAUAUUGCAAUUUUUGCAAGUAAAAAAAUCUUCUCAAGUUUUGCAUUAAUUGCCUCAAAUCCGAAUCCCCCAAAAGGACCCAACCCUCAUAAAAAACAGCAAAAAUUCGCUGUUAAUCCCACCCCCCUACGUACCAUUCUCCUCACUACCUAUGAAGCUCAUUGACUGUCGCAUUGAAAAUGUCAUUCUCUCUCUCUUCGUAUGUGUGCGUGUGAAUCUUCUCAUUUAUUAUAUUUGGUUGUUCUCUCCCUCAUUUGUACGUUUUCUCCUCUGCUCUUUGACACUGAUGGUUGUAUCAUUCCCCACACGCCCCACCCAUACAAAGUCCCUCUUGUUAUUUCCGAGAGAUGAGUCACAUGCCCUGAAAUCAUCAUUUUUGUGUUUCGCCACUGUUGUUUUCUAUGUUUUGAUUGUGUUUUUAUUUUCUAUUGCGGUAUCAAAUAAAUAGUAAAUUAUGAAGCAGCAGUAUCGACAUCUUUAAAAAACUAGUCAAAA